GCCUCGGUCCUCACUCACCUAGUCACCUCUAUAUAUGCCGCGCCCUCUCGCCCGUGUAGCUACCUCGCCUCGCUCUCCGUCGUCUCAGCAUAUGUUGUGCAUGUGAAGAGAGAGAGAGGGACGAGGCCGCGUGUGAGAGAAAGCUAUCUAGACUGAAAGGUUGACAAGACACAAAGCUAGAACCUCAUAUCAUCAUUCGUAAGCCAGCACUUACGGACAUUUCGCGAAGCAGUAUGGCUCUGGCUCGCAUCCUCUUGUUGCUGCUGGUCACCGUCGCGAGCCUCCUGCCGCCGAUCGCGAGCCAGCAGGCAGCAGCGACGAAGUGCGAGUACAGAAAGCACUCGGGCCACCGGUACAGGCACCCGGUGGGCGUGCGGAAGAUCGUGGUAGACGCGAGCGGCGCCGGCGACUUCGUCUCCAUCCAACAGGCCGUCGACUCGGUGCCGGAGGGCAACACCAUGCGCGUCAUCAUGCAGAUCAACGCCGGCACGUACAUAGAGAAGGUGGUGGUGCCAGCGUCGAAGCCGUACGUGACGUUCCAGGGCGCCGGGCGCGACGUGACGGUGGUGGAGUGGCACGACCGGGCCAGCGACCGCGGCCCCGACGGGAAGCCGCUCCGCACCUACAACACCGCCUCAGUAACCAUUCUCGCUAACUAUUUCAACGCUAAGAACAUCAGCUUCAAGAACACAGCUCCGGCACCAAUGCCCGGCACGCAAGGAGGGCAGGCGGUGGCGUUCCGCAUCUCCGGCGACAAGGCCUUCUUCUUCGGCUGCGGGUUCUACGGCGCGCAGGACACGCUGUGCGACGACGCCGGCCGGCACUACUUCCGCGACUGCUACAUCCAGGGCUCCAUCGACUUCGUCUUCGGCAACGCCCGCUCCCUCUACAAGGACUGCGAGCUGCACUCGACGGCGCAGCGGUUCGGGUCGGUGGCGGCGCACGGGCGGCACGACCCGUGCGAGCGCACGGGCUUCGCCUUCGUCAACUGCCGUGUGACCGGCACGGGGAGGCUCUACGUAGGGCGAGCCAUGGGCCAGUACUCGCGCAUCGUCUACGCCUACACCUACUUCGACAGCGUCAUCGCGCCCGGCGGAUGGGAUGACUGGGAUCACACCAGCAACAAGAGCAUGACGGCGUUCUUCGGGAUGUACAGGAACUGGGGCCCCGGAGUCGACGCCGUGCACGGCGUGUCGUGGGCGCGGGAGCUCGACUACUUCGCCGCCCGCCCCUUCCUCGGCAAGAGCUUCGUCAACGGAUACCACUGGCUCACACCUGAUGUCUGAAGAGUCAGGACACAGAUCCAUUACAGCAAACCAGAUUUUAUUCGUACAGAACAAACACGGAACAGAACACCAUUUUACCAGCUAAUAUAUAUGUAUAGUGAUCCAGUAGCACAGAAGUAGAUUCGAGAUUCCUUCCGUCCAUACAAUGUGAAGCACCAUUCAACUUUGUCAUGUACUCAUGUAUACCAGUGUAAACUAGACAGUGAGCAGUGAGUUUGUUAUUUAUACCUCUGUA